AUGGCGUCAGGUCUAGAAAAGGCCAAAACCGGCUUUCUAUGUCUGACGCUUCUGGUCGCGUUAGCUGUACUGGCCUUAAGCGUUCUUAAACUGAUGAACGAUAACAAGCACAACGAUUCAGAUAAAACUACCACUAGUAACCCAUCAAAUAAUGACAAAAGUAAUAAAAAGUUUUUGUCGUGCCCUGCGCUGCCUUUGCCCUGUCUUUACCCAGCUUUUGCCUUGCCUUGGCUUGCCUUGCCUUGCCUUGCCUUGCCUUGCCUUGCCUUGCCUUGCCUUGCCUUGCCUUGCCUUGCCUUGCCUUGCCUUGCCUUGCCUUGCCUUGCCUUGCCUUGCCUUGCCUUGCCUUGCCUUGCCUUGCCUUGCCUUGCCUUGCCUUGCCUUGCCUUGCCCUUCACAGCUUUCCACUUCUUUGUCGUACUACACUUUUCCCUACACUACCCUACACUUGCUCUUUUUUACUCUAAUUUUUAGCCACGUCGUCUCCACCUCGACCAGACCCAAACAACAAUAAUAUAUUGCCACCAAAACCGAUCGAUAAAAACGCAAGCCCCUACAAAUACGAGGCUUAUAAAAGUUAUGCUGAUGAUUUGAAACACUAUGCUAAUUUUACUUAUGAUCCAUGUAACAACUUUUAUGAAUACACCUGUGCUCAAACUAAGACGAACGCUCAGACUUUGAAAGAGCUUGAAGAAAAAAAUUAUGAAGCGUUAGUCAAGGCUUUAAACGAAGGCAAAAAUGUAGGUUUUACAGCUUAGUUUGCUUUGAUUUUACUGGAAUAUUAAUUUGUUUUACUUCAGUUUUUUUAAAUUUUUUGCAGGUAUCUUAAAGAGUAAGCCUACUCUUAAAUCUGAGCCCAAAUUUGAGCUUAAACUAGGGACAUUCAGAAAAAACAAAAAGAUAAAAAAAAUAUACAAGCCUACGCUUACAAAUAACGUUAAAGGUAUCCCUAGACCAAACACAUGCUUCAGCUCUAUGUAAUCUUAAGCAAAAGAUUAAGCUUGAAUUUGAGCUUAAAUUUGUCCUUUCAGUUAAGUUUGAGCUUAAUUUUAAGUGUGAGCUUGGGCUUGCAUUUGAAAUUAAGUUUGAGCCUAAGCCUACACCUGGGCUUAAAUUUAGGCUUAAGCCUAAACUUCAGCUUGAGCUUUAGCAUUCGCCUUCUAAUCAAUACUUUUUUGCAGGAAGAGUUCUACGCCAGAAAGAUCAAAAAAGCCUUCCAAAUUUGCGUCGACGCUUCUCAAAAUUCAGACCUUUAUCCAAAAUCGGCCGAUAUAAUCAAAAAAUACUUUGAUUACAACAAUUAUUCGUUACAAUUACCAUUCCCAUCUCUUGAUAACAAGACCGACAUUGUACUUCCAACACCAACACACUUAGCCAACAUAGUAGCCGGUAUUCAUAACACGUACUUUGAAGCUACUUUACUCGACUAUACUAUUGAUACCGCUUGGAAACAACCAUUCAAUCUGCCACGUCACUACAAGCCUGUUUAUCAGCUUUUUAUUGAUCAGAGCAAAACUUUCUAUCCUAGACGAUUUUAUGAGAAUGGCACUGAAGAAGAAGCCAAGAAGUAUAAAGAAAGUGUUAAAAUGUUGGUCAAGAAAGGAGCUGAGAUUAUUGGAAAGAAAGUUGAUGAAGAACAGCUGAAUAAAGAUGUCAAUGAAGCUUAUGAAUUUGAAAAGACAAUAGCAGUUAAGAUCAAUACUGAUGACCAAACUAGAAAGAAUUUUGAACGGUACGUUAGGGUAGGGAAGAACAGGUAGGAUAAGUCAGAAUACAAUAGGUAAGACAAAGCACAAUAGUUAAGGCAGAGUAAAUUACAAUAGGGUAUUGUAGGUGAAGCAAGGUGCAAUAUGUAAGAGAAGAUACGGUAGAUAAGGCAAUAUACGGUAAGUAAGGCAGGAUACGGUAGGUAACACAAGAUACGGUAGGUAAGACAAGAUAUGGUAGGUAAGACAGAACACGGUAGGUAAGACAGAAUGCGCAAGGUAAGGCAGGAUACGGUAGGUAAGACAGGAUGCGGUAGGUAAGACAGAUAAGGUAAAACAGGUAAGGUAGAAUAAGGUAAAGUAGAGUAGGGUAGGGUAGGGUAAGGUAGGGUAGGGUAGGGUAAUUUUUUUAUUUUUAAAUGUACUAUUAAACAUUUAGAUCCUACAAUGUAGAAACAGUACCCUCGUUUCAAAACAACCUUAUCGACUUCAAAACAUACAUUAAAGAGAUAACUCAAGUGGCGGAUGAAAAGUCAAAAUCCCGUUUUCAAAAUGACACUUAUAAAUUUGUCAUUAUGGAGCCAGAAGCCUUCAAUCUCCUAGCCGAUUUCAUUAGUCAAACAAAACCAGCAACCUUCUACAACUACCUCAACUACCGUACCUUACUUGCCAUUUCUGACUUGUUUUCGGAUAAUGAAAAUGUUAUUAAUGACAUUAAGGAACUACAAUCAAAGUAUGGCAAUGAAGUCAAUAGGCAUGACAGAAAAAACAAAAUUUUUAAAAAUUCUGAAGAGGACUUUGAGAUCAAGUGCGCUAGAUUAGUUACAGAAUGGAUGCCAGAAGCUGCUAGUAGAUUGUUUAUCGCGGCAAUACACUCGUUUGCUGGCAAAACAUAUGAGAUUGAAAGAGACGUCACACAGAUCACUGCUGAAGUGAUUGUUGGCUUCCAAGUACGUUUCCCUACCCUACCCUACCCUACCCAUAUUAAAAAUUUACUUUUUCAGAACCAACUAAACGUGAUCAGUUGGCUAUCACCAAAAGCUAAGCAAGUAGCUUACAAUAAGUUACAGUAUGUUGCUCGCAAUAUCGGGUAUUCACCGUUGAUUAAUUCAAAUAGCAAUUUGAAUCUCUUCUACGAGAAUUUAGUGUUUGAAGGUCGGUUUUAUAACUUAUGUUAAAGGGUAAACCUAGCAAACAAUACUAGAGCCUUAAGCUUUAUUCUAAAACUCUAGUCCAGAGCCCCAAGUCGAAGCCCUAGCCCAGUACCUUAAUGCAUUUUCAAAAAAAAACUCAUUUUCAGCCAACAGCACACUGCUAAAAGUCAAACAAGCCGUCUAUACCUUCAGACAACGCAUUCAAUUCAGCAAGAUCUUGCUGUCUCAUUACGACCGGUCGGAAUGGCCAAUCUCCGCCUUAUCAACCGACUCUUGGUCUUCAACAAAACUUAAUGCUAUUUUCAUACCAUUCGCUUUACUACAAAAACCAAUAUACGACAUCAACUACCCUGCUUCGAUCAAAUUUGGAGCGCUUGGCCAUCUUAUUGGACAUGAAUUGAUACACUUGUUUGACGACAAUGGUGUUCAAUGGGACUCUUACGGCCGAUUACAUAGUUGGCUAGACGAGAAAAGCGAGGCUGCGUUCCAAAAUAUGACAAAAUGUUUGGUGAAGCAGUAUUCGAAGCUUGACGCUGGAUGGAACUUGUUCAUCGACGGAGAAAAAACUUUGGCUGAGAAUAUGGCUGAUAAUGGAGGUAGUUUUUCGCUUUUUUUUAAAUUUAUUAAGCCUUACAAAAGUGCAAAUAUACAGUGCAACUAAGCAGUUUAGACCCUUUAGAUCGGUCCGCCUUAGAUCCGGCUUGGCGUUGAGUUGAACCUUUCAGGCCUGAGAUUGACCCCAGCCCGGCCCUGACUCAGCCCAACUCAGUGUUGAAGCGGUUUUGAAGCGGUUUUGUCUUUGCCUUGGUUUGGCCACAAAUCAGCCUCAGCCUAGCCCCAGUCCGGUGUUGACUCAGCGCCGACCUUUGCCUUGAGCCACGCUAAUCCGGGUCUAGGGUUGGACAUUUAACAGCUUUUUUUAUCGAAAAAUCAAAUUACCAGUAAAAAUCCAAUCCUAUCCGGGUCAAACUUAUGUGGCGAGCCGAGCUGAAGAAAAAAGCGCUUAAAACUGCUUCUCCGGGUCCGCAGAUUUUUAGUCCGUUCUGAUCCGGUCUGGCAAAACACUAGCUGUGCCAAAGAAAUGAUUCUUACUCGGGGUCCCUUUAAAACUCUACUAGUAAGGGAUUUUUUAAUAAAAACCAAUUUUAAAAAAAACAUAAUUACAAAAAAUAUUAAUUCAGGCCUUCGAGUAGCAUACAACUCCUUCCAAACGUAUCAAGAGUUCUACGGACAAGAUGAACGUCUCCCAGAUAUCCAACUUCAAGCAUUCAACCAUGAACAACUUUUCUUCCUGUCUUUUGCUCGCUCAUGGUGCGCAAAUCCCACUAAACAAGCUCUGACGCAAUACUUAGAGACGGACAAUCAUUCGCCACCAAAAUACCGAGUAUUCGGUUCGUUGCAAAACUUCCCAGCCUUUAGAACAGCUUUCAAUUGUCCAGUCGGAGCCAAGUAUGCGCCUAAGAAAUCAAGACGUUGUGAUGUGUGGGCUUCGGAUGUUGAACCUGGUAAGUGUGAUUAAACCCUCUCUAGUCUUAACGCAAGCCCAAAUUUCUAGCUGAAAGCCCUAGUUCAGAGCCUUAGCUCAGAGUCCUAGCUCACUAUACCAGGUCUUAAGACUUACCUUACAAAAUACAAACAUAUUUUUAGUCAGAGGAGUACCAACCCUGCCAGAAUUUGACCCAUCGGUCGAAAUCCAACCUCCGGCUAAAAACAGAACGUAUAUCUUUCGUAAAUUUGCAAGCCAACUUACGGAAAAGUUAUAUUUGGACGUUACGCCGUGCAAUAACUUUUACGAGUAUUCUUGUCUUCACACACGUUCAUUGUGGCUUGCCGAAGAAGCUAGCGAGAACGCCAACUAUGCUGUAGUUCGCAGUUUGGAAGCGAAAGAACAGGUAGUUUUGAAACGUUAAAAACAUAAAUUUUGAGCCAUUGAUUAAGGCUGGAUAAAGCUAAGGCUCAAGCUUAACUUCAAGCCAAAACUCAAACAUAAGAUGAAGUUCAAAUUCAAGUUCAGGCUCAAGUUUAAGCUCGGGUUUGCUUCAAGCUUAAUUUCAAGCCAAAAUUUAAUAAACUUAAGAUCAAGCUCUAAUUCAAGAUCAAGCUCAAACUCAAGCUCAAGCACAAUUCUAAAUUAAAACUAAAGCAAAUAAUAAGUCCAAGCUUAACACUAAAAUAUUGUAAAUUUAAAAAAAAAUGUAUUUUUAGCCCACAUAUGCCCGACCAGCCAAGAUGCUGUACGAAAACUGUAAAUCCACUUUGAAGAACGGUCCGGAAUACAUUAAAGAAAUCUUUGAUGAAAUGACAACAUUCGCCGAUGUACCAGACUUCCCAUUGGUAAACAAUAUUCAAGACGUUGAGCUGGACGACAUGACUCUUGCCGUAGCCUUAUUCUUCUUAUCAACAACUCACCGACUCAACCUGAUCUACAAGUUUGAAGUUGAGCCAAAUACGAAGCAAAACUACCUUGGCGCACCAUAUUUGUUCCAGUUCGGUGCACCAAGUGUGCUAUUUAAGCCUUAUGUCUAUGAUAACCCAGCUGUGUUGGCUGAUGCUGAAAAAGAUCUGGCUGGGCUUUUAUUGGCCAAGAUCAAGUUUGUUUGGCCUGAGGAAGCGAAGAAACUGACUGUGGAAGACGUGCGUUAUCAGUUUAUUGAAAAUGACAUUGUGCCUGAAUAUCUUCAUGAAUUCAACAGUAAUAUCAAUAGACAAAAGGAGUACAGAAGAGAGCAGUUAGAGAAGGAAGAGUUUUCAAAAACGUUUGCUUUCAGCUCGUUAAUUGAAGUCUACAAUGGCUAUUUUGAAUCAAUUGGCCUGGACAUUAAUAUUGAUGACAAAACCUCAAUGAUUGUUCAAGACAUACAAAUGUUUAAGAACAGUCAAAACACCUUUAACCGUACAAAGACUGACAAAAAAAGAGCAGCAAAGCUGAUAAACUACUUGUAUUUAAGGCUACUACUUCAAUAUCAGCAUUUAAUACCUUGUGAUACAACGCCCAGUUAUAGGUUGGAGGACUACUUGAAUGAUAUGUUAAUUUACCAUCCUACAAGGCCAUUUACUGCUAAUUUUUUAAAACCUAAGGCCGAUUGGAUGCCAAAGAAAAUGGCAGCAAGAGGUGAUGAAAAGAAGGUGCAUAGAGGCAAGGCAUUGAAGGCUGACGGCAAUGAUAGUGGCUAUAACAACAAAAAUGAUAACUAUAACAACAAAAAUCGUGCCACUUCUAAGGACGAGUUUGUAGACUAUAAAAAGGCCAACAACUAUGUCAACUACAACAUCAAAAACAACAAUGAAAACCCCAAAAACCCCAUAAAAGACCAAGAUGAACUGUACAUAGCUGAUGAAUGUGCCAGAAUAGUCCAACAACUCUUACCACCACCCUAUGCUCGACUUGCUAUUGAUGACAUUUUUGAUAAAAACCUCAAAAGCUUCAGAAAAUCUCAAGAAAGCGUAGCACAGAUAGUAGAAACUCUUGCUUUGUCAUUCGAAGACGCCUUCAACGAUCUAUCAUGGAUGCCAUUAGAGAUCCGGCAAAAGUUUAUACGUAAGGUUAGAGGCACGGCCAGGAACGUUGGUGUAGCUGAAUAUGUUUUGGAUGAUCAGAAAUUGAUUGCCGCAUACCAAGGACUGACAGUAGAAAGACCAGCACAUCUACUUGAAUGGUAUCGUACUAUCAACAAUUUUAAAAAACAAAAAUCGAUCGAAAAGCUGAAAAAGCAGUCGAUUGAUCGUACUGACUUUAUCAGCCCGGACUCAUACUCCUACAACUCUCUGGAAAUGAUCGAAGCUAAUCGGAAGCUAAACGCUAUCAACAUACCCCUACAUUACCUAAUUCGCCCCGUCUAUAAUCCAAUGAAUCCAAGUACGAUACAUUUUGGGUAUAUUGGAAUAGAGGUUGGUAAAGCUUUUGGUCAUCUUGCAGACAGAAUUGGCAUUCAGCACAAUGAGGAAGGUCAAAUUAACCCACUGUAUGAUGAAGAAUCUGCAAAAACGAUUCAGCAAAAGUUCGAAAAAUUAAAACAAACUUUUGCAAAAGAUAUCAAUGAUAUACAGCUAACUCAUUCAUUAGAUGAUAUAAUCGCGGAACAAACUGCCUUAACAUUGGCCAAAGAUGGUUUGAAGAAAUGGGAGGGUAUUAACGGUAAAGACGACAGAUUACCUAAUGGCUUAAUUGGAUUAUUUACCAAUGAACAACUCUUUUACUUUGUCUACACUCAAGAACAUUGUGUAGCAGAUGCUGUCGUAAAUGGACUUAGUAAUUAUGACUUGAUGGAGAAAUCGCUGGCAAAUCAAAAAUCGUUUUCAAUUGAAUACAAUUGUAAAAUUGGUGACACAUACAAUCCAGUUGAUAGGAUUGAGGUUGGUUUUUUAAUCAAUGCUAUUUAUUUUAAACUUUCCAUUAUGAAACGCAUUAAUGUCAAAUCAGAUUGUCUGAAGUUAAACCUAAGGCUCAGCUUCAGGUUCAAGCUAAAGAAGCUAAGGCUUAAGCUCAGGGUUAAGCUUGAGCUCACUUUAGACAUGGCUCAAGCUGAUGCUAAAGCUAACCCACAGGCUUAGGAUCAAGCUCAGGCUCAAGCUCAGGCUCAGGCUCGCUCAUGCUCAAGCUCAGGCUCAGGCGCUAGCCUCGGCUCCGGCUCUGGCUAUGUCUCUAGCUCUGGCCUUGGCUCUGGGUCUGGCUCUGGUUCAAGCACAACCUCAAGUUUAAGCUUAAACUCAAGCCUAAGGUCACGCUCAAACUCAGACUUGAGCUCAAAUUUAAGCUCAAGUUCAAGCGCAAACUUAACACCACACUCAAGCUCAGGUUAAUUUGAACUUUUUUAAUUCUUUAUUUUUCAGUUAUGGAAAUCUCCUGAAGAACCAACAGUUGGUGUUCCUGACUUACCAAAGAUCAAUCCGUCCCUCAACAUCAAUGAUAAUGUACCACCAUCAAACAACAAGGAAUAUGAAGAAGUUGUGAAGAUGUUUGCCGAGUCUAUUGACGUCCAGUACAAUCCCUGUGAAGAUUUUUACAAUUACACAUGUAGUCGAUUCUCUGAAGCCAAUGUUCUUUCAUCACUUCAACGUUCCGUUGAUGAUCAAGUCAAUCAGUUGCUCUUAACACCUGUAUCUGAAAAUGACAUUGAGCCAGUAAAGAAGCAAAAGCUGUUUGUCAAAAAGUGUUUGGAAAGCUUCGGCAAGCCUAAAAAGGAUGACAAGAUUAUCUAUGAAAUAGUAGAUGAUGUCAAAGAUUUCACUGGAAUUCCAUUCCCACUAGCUGAUAACGUUAACAUCACCGACUAUCCCACUCCAAAACAGCUAGGCCAAGCCGUUGGCUAUUUCUACGCAAAGUACGGUGGUACAAUGAUUUUGAGCCUAGACCUGCAUCCAAACCCACUACAACCAACUGAUGGUUAUACUCUUUCAUUUUCUUCAAAACUGCUCUUUGAGAAUGAAAUUGAAGCUGGCAAACCAGCCGAACAGAUCAUGACUGAGUCAAUUUCGUAUUUUACAAGAUAUCUUGAGCACAGUGGUAAAUUGCCUGAGGGUUACAAAGAAAAAAUUGAAAAAGCAGCAGCAAAGAUAGUACUGUUGGAGACGGAGAUAGUAUCAAAGAGAGAGAGUGAGAAGAUAGUAUCGACCAACAUGACUGAAAUGUAUCCGCCAGCACCAUUCAAACGGUUGACUCAGUUUGAAAAAAGUGUCGAUUUCAAAGGCCUGAUAGAAGGUGUACUGUACCAGUAUCCAGAGGCUGUUGAGAAGUUUAUUCACCCCAAACAUACUGUAAUUUUGAGAGAUGAAAAAAUUGUCAAGACUACUGUAGCAAUCUUGAAGGAGGUUGUUGACAAGCAGCUUGUUUCUGCUGAAGACCUUUGUAAUUAUAUCUAUUUGAAUGUGCUGAUGCUUAACUACGGUGAAUAUCUUCCUAGUGGCGCUAGCGGAAAGCCUUGGACUAAGAUGUCCAAUAGAGAAGACCUUAAGGAUAUUGAUAUUACUGAAGCUAUCAUGAACCAACUACCGUAUUCUUUAAGAAACAAUGCCUUUACAACCUCAAUUAAGCCUACAUAUCAUCAAAAUCAAAGGUAUACACCAUCAGAACGUAUCUGUGCUCUAACAGCUAAGCUUUCAUUCCCAGAAGCUACUGAUGCUCAAUUUGUCUACAGCCAAUAUCCUUCAGUAAUCAACCAACAAAGUUUCAAAAAUGACGUUUCAAAGCUAGUCCACUCAAUAUGGCUAGCCUAUAGUAGCAUGGUAGACCAAAUGUCGUGGAUGACACCUGAAGUUCGUAAAGAAGCCAAAGCCAAGAUACAGUAUGCUGCCAAUUUGUUUGGGUGGCCAGAAUGGUUGACUAAUACGAGUGCCUUGACAUAUUAUUAUGAUGGUUUGCAUAUUGAUGAUAGUAUGUCAUACGAUAGAAUGACACAUACAGUAUACAAGUUUACCAGAGAAAAAGUAAUCAGCUUCUUAGCUAAACCUACUGAUAGAAACUUUUUGUACCUACACAGUAUUACCCAGGCAACUUAUAACCCCAACGCCAACUCGUUGUUGUUACCUAUUGGGUUAUUGGGUACUCCAAUAUAUCAUGAACAAUAUCCUACUGCGGUCAAGUAUGGACUGUUGGGCACAGUGGCUGGUGGAAAAGUUGCUCAUGCUUUCGGUAAGUGUAGGGUGGAGUAGGGUAAUGUAAAGUAAGGCAGGGUGAUGUGAAGUAUAAUAGGGUAGGGUAGGAUAGGGUAAGGUAGGGUAGGGUAGGGUAGGGUAAGGUAGGGUAGGGUAGGGUAGGGUAGGGUAGGGUAGGGUAGGGUAGGGUAGGGUAGGGUAGGGUAGGGUAAGGUAGGGUAGGGUAGGGUAGGGUAGGGUAGGGUAGGGUAGGGUAGGGUAGGGUAGGGUAGGGUAGGGUAGGGUAGGGUAGGGUAGGGUAGGGUAGGGUAGGGUAGGGUAGGGUAGGGUAGGGUAGGGUAAGGUAUGGUAGAAUAGGGUAAAAUCAAAAAACUUAAAAAUUAAAAAUUUAUUUUUCAGAUGAAGUAGGUAACCAAUUCGAUGCUACUGGCAUCUUACGCUACUGGUACGACAAAUCAACCUUAGCCGAUUUCAAAUCCAUGUCCAAAUGCGUAGCCGACCAAUAUGACACUUUCUGUGAGAACAACAAUUGUAUUUCCGGCUCCUCGACCUAUCCAGAAAACAUGGCGGACGUCGGGGGAGUCCAAGCAUCGUAUCGUGCUUACCGUAACACUCUUGGUGUAGCAGGUCCAGACGGUCGAUUACCUCAUGAACUUAUUGGUUAAUUUACCAGCGAUCAGCUAUUCUUUUUAUCAUUUGCAAGAGGUCAUUGUGAACAAGGCAGUCCUAUUCUUCCUAAGUCUGGAAGUCAUGUGAAUGAAAGGUACAGAGUUUUAGGUACACUUCAGAACUUCCCAGCGUUCAAAGAAGCUUUCAAUUGUCCAGUUGGAAGCAGGUAUGCACCGAAAGAACAUUGUGAUGUUUGGGUGAAAGAAGUUGAAGCAUGUAAGUUUUUUUGCUCAUGCUCAUGCUCAUGCUCAUGUUCAUGCUCAUGCUCAUGCUCAUGCUCAUGCUCAUGCUCAUGCUCAUGCUCAUGCUCAUGCUCAUGCUCAUGUUCAUGCUCAUGCUCAUGCUCAUGCUCAUGCUCAUGCUCAUGUUCAUGCUCAUGCUCAUGCUCAUGCUCAUGCUCAUGCUCAUGCUCAUGUUCAUGCUCAUGCUCAUGCUCAUGCUCAUGCUCAUGCUCAUGCUCAUGCUCAUGCUCAUGCUCAUGCUCAUGCUCAUGCUCAUGCUCAUGCUCAUGCUCAUGCUCAUGCUCAUGUUCAUGCUCAUGCACAUGCUCAUGCACAUGCUCAUGCUCAUGCUCAUGCUCAUGCACAUGCUCAUGCUCAUGCACAUGCUCAUGCUCAUGCUCAUGCUCAUGCUCAUGCUCAUGUUCAUGCUCAUGCUCAUGCUCAUCUUUUUACCACACUCAUCGAAUUAUUUUCAGCUUUAACCCUUCCACCAAUACCACCUUCGUUACCAUUAUUAAACAUCCCAGAGCCUGAAAAAGCUUCAGAAGACAAUGAAGCCUACAAUGAGAUCAGCAAAAGCCUCCUACAAACCAUCGAUACCGACGAAAGUCCCUGUAACAACUUUUAUGGCUACGUCUGUAACAGUUUAUCUGAAGAAGCAGUAAGCGACGAGGAAACUGCUAGACAAGCUGCAGCACAAGUCAUUGCUAAUGGUCUGAAUGAGCUUGACAGAGUUCCAAAAUAUAUAACGGGCAAUGAUGACAUAAUAAAGAACAUAGAAGAAAGAACAUGGUUAGACAAAGUAAUCUACAACUACUUCAAGGCUUGCAAGAAACUGACAGAAAGUAAAAAAGAAGUUGUCACAUUUGUCGUCGGCAAACUUGAAGAUGAAGUAGACAUGUUAUAUCCGUUGUUUCAUAGAGCAGACCGACCUUAUAAGCCUGACUUUGUGGAGAAGGCAAUUGGAGCACUAAAUGGGUUGUUUGGUGUUAGCAACUUAAUUGAUGUUAAGGUAAGAAGAACAGUUUUUAUUAUUACGCAUUAUACAGCUCUUGCUUUUGCCAUUAUCAUAUAGCUAAGCCUAACCCUAAGUUUUAGCCAUAGUUUGCUUAAAUUUAGACAUGAAGAUAAACCUACAACUACGCGUAUUUUUUAAAUUCUAAGCUUAAAACAAAGGCUAUAACUUAGACUAGAAAGCCAUGCUAUAGCUCUGCCUAGGCUUAACGCUAAGCCUAAAUCAAUGCAUAAGCCUAAACCUAAGCCUAAGUCUAAGCCUCAGCCUAAGCCAAAGCCAAAGCCAAAGCCAAAGCCUAAGCCUAAACCUAAGCUUAAGGCUAAACCUAAGCCUAAGACUAAGCCUGAGCUUAAGCCUAAGCCUAAGCUUAAGCCUAAGCCUAAGCCUAAGCCUAAGCCUAAGCAUAAUCCUAAGCCUAAGCCUAAACCUAAACCUAAGCCUAAGCCUAAGCCUAAGUCUAACGCUAAGCUUAAUUUGAAGCUUAACCCUAUCUUUAACCCUAACCUUAAGCCAAAAUCCAAACCAAACUUUAAACCUAAAUCUAAGCUUAAACCAAACCCCAGGCUUUAAACAUACCUUUUGCUUUAGCCAAACGAUUGUCUUAGUCUACAGUCCCCAUUGACAAACCUAAACACAAUGACGUUUGACAUUUUGCCAUUUAUAGAUUGAAUCUAAUCUAGAAUCAACAAACUACGCUUACCCAGUGUACCUCCUUCAAUUUGAUGAGCCCAAGCUGCUAGAACCGGCUGAAUGGUACUCCGGUAAAAACAAAGAAAAACGCAGCGGUCGUACGAAACAAGAAAUUCAACAAGUAUUAGAAGCCUUUGGCCAAUUAAUCAACGCAACCAACAUUGACUAUACUAAAGCUACCGACCAAAUCUAUAACAUUGAAGCUAUUUUAGCUAAAUAUGUCAGUGAAAAGCCUUACCGUAAAGAUUUGAAGAAUCGACAAACUAUCAAUACAGUUGAUCAACUGGUCGAGGAUUAUAAAACCUUCAAUUGGGUCGAAUUUUUCCAGAAAUUGUUGAAACGAGCUCCGUCUUCAGUUCGUUCAAAGAUAUUGGUCAACAUUAAUGGCAAGAUUGAGUUGAACAAAGAGUACCUGAUGAGCAUUGCCUACCCUGAUGGCUUAAUUAAUGUGCUACAGAUAUGGCUUGGAAAUCAGCCUGAAGUUGGCAGAGAAGGAUUGGCUGACUAUUUGUUCUUCAAACUUUUGUGGGAGCUACGGUAAGAUUCCUAACCAAAAGCCUUAACUCAGAGCCGUCGGCAAGAGCUUUAGCCAAAGCCCAGGUCUCUAACCCAGAGCCCUAGCCCAGAACACUAGCCCAGAGAGAUAGCCAUAGCUCUAGCUCCAACUCUAGCUCUGGCUCUAGCCCAGAACCCUAGCCCUAGUCCAGAGACCUAGCCCAAAACUCUAGUUUGUUGCCCUAAUCCAGAGCCCUAGCCCAGAGCCCUAUCCUAAAGCUCUAGUCCAGAACCCUAGCCCAGAUUCAUAUCUCAAAGCCCUAGCCCAAAGAUCUAGUCCUGAGCCCUAACCCGGAGCCCUAGCCCAGAGCCCUAGCCCAAAGCCCUAGCCCAGAGCACUAGCCCAAAGCCCUAUCCCAAAUCCCUAACCCAAAGCCUUAAUCUUAAUCCCCUAGCUAGACCUGGCCAAAAGAAAACUGAAACCGGCCGCGCUGAAAAAUCCGUCUGACUUGGUUCAAUUCCCUUGCCUAGGCGUAGCCAUGUCUUAGGCUUAGCCAUGUGCCUAAGCGAAAACUAAAAUUUGAGUUUUAACUAUCUUUCAUUUUCAGACCAAUCCUACUAGACCUUCCCGAUCCCUCCCUACCAGCCAAUCUACCUCAACAUAAUCAGCAAGAACUAACCUGCGCUCUAAGAACCAAGGAACUCGGUCCACUUCAUUCUAAGUAUUACUUUGAGAACUUGGACGUCAUUCUAGACAAAGUUCAAGAAUCGGUGACAAACUUAACAAACAAUGUUAUUAAUGCAUUUACCAGCCAUAUUCGACAAACUUCUUGGCUGACAAAUGCUGCCAAAGACAGCGCCAUCGAAAAGAUCCAGAAUGUUAAGAUUAACGUGAUUGGAGAUCUGGAUGUUGUUAGUAAUGAAAGCUUAAGCAAAUACUAUGAAGAAUAUCCUGACCGAGUUCCGGCUAACCAGCACUUUGGGGUUUAUUGGUUGAUUCAAAGACAGUUUAACACUGGCAAAGGAUUUGAAAGGUUGUUGGAAAAAACAGGAGAUAGAGGAUUCCAAGGUGAUGUGUCAAAGGUAGGAAACAGACAUAUAACUUUAGCUUUAGCCUUAGUUAGAGAUAUAACUUAGCAUAGAUGAAGCCUCAGUCUUAGCCUAAAAAUAAGUUCAAAACAUUUAUCUUUAGGUACUUCCAUCCUACGACUACCUGACAAACAGUAUUAACAUACCAGCAGCCGCAGUUGUUUCACCAUUCUUUGAUGUCAACUACCCGCAAGCAGCAAACUAUGGAGGUCUAGGUGUUCAUAUUGCUCAUGAGUUGGGUCAUGCUUUAGGUAGGGGGUUUUAUAUAGUGAUACUUCGUAUAACAAACACAUGUAUAAGACCAAACUUAAAAUUUCUCUAGCGAUUUGUGAUACAUGUGUCUAUGGCUUACUUUAACGCAGUCUUUCUAUAUAGUGAACCAUUUGUAUAAGCAACUCUCGUUACAGUAAACAAGAAAUUUGGCGCCGCCAAGUCAAUUUGCACUAACAAAUUACUCUGUAAAGGCAACACCCCCUGUAGUAAACACAAAAUGCCUGCCUUUUAGGGUUGCUUAUAUAGAGAGAGUACUGUAUAUGGGUCCUAAUGCAACAAAUUUCUAAGUUAUUCCUGUUUAACAAUGUAAUUUAGAUGCAUUUGGUAUUCAACUUGACGCCUCGGGACACUACAAUAAGUGGAUUAGCAAUACAGAAGAGUACAAUAAGGUUCAACAAUGUUUAAGAGACCAAUACAGUGAAUUCUGUCCAUUACCUGAUGCUGCCUACCCAGCAAAAUGCAUUACAAACAAAGAAAUUUUGCCAGAAAAUUUCGCUGACAACAUAGGUAAGCUCACAUUCUUUAACAUAACCUUUGAAACAUAAAAAUCAAUCAAACGUUACAGCGCAUUAAGCAAACUUGGCUACUAACUCAUAGUUUUGUUUUUCUGAACAUAACCUAGCCUUACUGUAGUAUACAGAUACUUUUCAGCCCUCCACGUAGCCUACAGUGCCUAUCAACUCUCCAAAGAUCACGCCGGAGCAGACAAGCACUAUAACAACAAUUUGUUGGGCCAAUACAAUUCAGAACAAAUGUUCUUCAUGGGCUACACAAGACAAUAUUGCCAAAAUAAGCAAAAGUCAGAUGUUGUGUUCAAGAACAUUGCGCUUGGAAAGAAAAUUCCCACCGAAUUCAGAGUUAAAGGCACAUUACAAAACUACCGAGCUUUCUCUUCUGCUUUCAACUGCCCAGCAAAGUCUGAAUAUGUCAAAGAAAAGCCUUGCGAAGUGUUCACUGGGGGCAAUGGUAAGUUUUCUUUUAGAAAAUACAGUCAAGCAAUCUUACAAGAAAUAAAGAAAUUAGCUCAAACCACAUUUGUUGUACAUUAAACACAAGAGCAGCAGCAGAAAAAUACUUUUCAGCCCCAACAGCUCAAUCGACCAACCUGAACAUAAGAGCAAAGAAGCAGAUAGACAGCAGUUAUCCAGUAUCGCAAGUAAAAGCUUAUAAAACUGCGGUCGAAUACCUGAACUAUUCUAUGAACCCAAAUGCUGAUCCUUGUAAUGACUUUUACAAAUAUGCGUGUGGAAACUACAAGAAACCAGUUAGCUUCAAGAUAUUGAGAGAAAAAAACUUUAUCAACCAGUCUAAAGCCAUCAAAAGCAUCAACGUUGAGGACAAGAAGGUAAGGAAACCCAAGUAAAUUUUCAGAAAGAGGGGGCUUCAACUAAACCGAAAAAGAGAUCAAAGCAAAUUUCAAAAAAAAACCGGGCCGAGCCGGCAGAUGCGAGUCUAAAAGCCCAACCUGAAAACCGAGGACUAAAGCUUAGGUCCCGCAACGAAAGAGUUGACUUGCGAAACGUGUAAAACAAAUCUGAUUUUAAAGCUAUUUACUCAAAAAAAAUUUUAAAGUUUUUGAAAAAAUUUAAAUAAAAAGUCUAAUACACUCCUUACAGACACCCACAUCACUAAAAAAACUUCGCCUGUACUACGAUCUUUGCGCAACUGUUCAACAAAACUUUGAAAAAGAAAUCAAAGAUGGUCGGCAAAUAUUCAACGUUGUUAAGAACUUUGAAGAAGUUUUUAACGGCGUACCAACAAUGUUCUACAAGGACAAACGAAACAACCCAGAACUGCAAGACUGGAGCAGAGCCAUAGCAUACCUCCAAAUUAAUGAAGGUGUCGAUACAUUUGUCACUCAAACAAUAGAAGCCGACGGAGAAGAAGGUAGUGCGCAACCUGGCCAAAAACCAAAAAUGCUCUACCUGGAUGAACCUACAAUAGUCUGGCCAAAAAGCUAUUAUCAAGAAGCAUGGAAAGAUCAGGAAGCUAAUUACAAAAAAAAAGUCUUUACUGUACUUAAAAAUUUCAAGAACACUUUGAAAGGAAGUACUGGAACGGACGAACAACUGCAUGAUUAUGUUGACAAAUUUGCUAAAUUUGAACAAAUUUUGGCUAAGAAACCAUAUGCUACGGAUGAAACAACAAGACGUACUUACACUUGUACUAAGAAAACGUUGGCUGAGCUGAAUAAGGUUACAGAAGCUUUGGAUCAUAAGGUCUACGUCGGUAAGCUGUUCGAACUAACCAAUAUUGAUGUGAAGGCUGAUGACAACUAUGUUGUUGCCUUGAAAUGGCCAGAAACUUUCAAGAAGGUGUUUGAUGACAUUUUGAACAAUGUUUUCGCUGAUCAUGAGACUUUGGUCAACUAUCUUUACAUGCGCUUGCUCUUGGCUAAUGAGGAAUGGAUUCCAAAAACGUAUGAGGAAACUGAAGGUACUACAAGUGACAAUGUUAACAGCCAACCAAAAUUAGAAGACCCCAAUAGUCAUCCAAAAGCCAAACACCUAAGGACUCAGAAUACCAAAGAAAAUGACAUUUUUAAGAAAACAGAUGCCAAAUCCGUAGAAAGCAUUGAAUCAACCUGUGGACAACAAACCCAAAUGAUGAUGAUGUAUGCCAACGGCAGAGCUUUUGCCGACUAUUUAUACCCAACGUCAGAUGACAAAAAGAAAGCAGAAGCCAACCUCAAUAAGAUGAUCGAUGCCAUACGCUUCCAAUUCCACGGAAUGCUAGAUGAACUUAGCUGGCUUGACUCUUCUUCAAAACAAUUUUUACACGACAAAGUUUUGAACCUUCAAAAGAAUUUGUUGUACCCAGAAUUUAGUUUGGAUAAUGGAAAACUGGAUGAAUAUUACGGUAGUGUUGAGAUUGGUGAUGAUUACUUUGAUGCUACCAAGAUUUUGACUGCGGAUCUAAAACAUCAUGAAUAUGAGUAUUUGACAGACAAAGGAAAGAGUUAUCGCGAUGAUUUUAUUCAAUGGCCUGGUACUGUGAAUGCUUGGUAUGAGGUAGGUGUUGUAAAGAAAAGUCAGGACAGAGGCUUGUUAGGGUAAAACUAAACAUAAUCUCAGAUUUAUUUGAACAGCCUAGUGGUAGUAAUCUUACAAUUCUGUCAUUACUCUUACUUUUAGCCUUUUUACAACUCACUAACAAUCCCAGAAGGUAUUGUCCAACCACCAUUCUACCAUGCGGAGUUUCCCGCUUCUAUCAACUACGGUGGUUUAGGCGUAGUGACUGGUCAUGAACUUUCUCAUGCUUUUGGUAAGGCUUUUGUCAAUUUUUAACCUACAGUAAUUAAGUUGCAUUAACAAGUUUGUAGUUUUUUGUAGCAAAUCUAAAGCUUGAGUUGAAUUAUCUCAGGUAAGUAAGAGCUGGUGUUUUAAUGUUAGUACUGUGAAUACGUUACAAAUUUACUUCACUUUCAGACGACGAAGGUAUUCAAUGGGACGGAAUAGGCGUCCGCAACAAAACAGGUUUAACCACAGACGCUCGAAAAAAAUUUGACGACAUGGCUCAAUGUAUUGUAGACCAAUACGGUUCAUUCCAACCUCUAGACCCUUCGAAAUACGCCCCAUCCAAGCUGAACGGCGAAAAUACUCAAGGUGAAAACAUUGCGGAUAACGGUGGAAUUCACGCGGCGUACCGUGCCUACCGUAAUCAUAUUCAACUUAAUGGCCAAGAACCUCAACUACCUCAUCCUACAUUAGGUCAGUAUAGUCAUGAUCAAUUAUUUUUCCUGUCAUUUGCUCAAGUGUGGUGUCAAGAAGAUGCGACGUUUGAGGAUAUUCACCGUCAGAUACUGGUUGAUCCUCAUUCGCCUUCUGUUUAUCGUGUGAUGGGCACGGUACAAAAUUACCCGGCUUUUAAGGAAGCAUUUAAUUGUCCAAACAAUGCUCAAUAUACCCCGGAAAAGCACUGCAGUGUUUGGGUACCUAAUGGAAAUGAGGUUUAG